AUGAACGUCACUGCUGCGCAUGCUAGGUACCCGGGCUUCAAUCAAACCACCGAGAUCCUUAAGAACGGGACCAUUCGUCGCCAUGGCGCCCGCCCCUUAACCACCGACAUCCUGUUCCAUCGAGACGUCCCCGUCAAGCUUCGCGACAAUGUUACCAUGUACACGGACAUCUACCGUCCGGUCGGCGACGAGACACUGCCCGCAAUCGUGGCUUGGAGUCCCUAUGGUAAGGAGGUGGGCGGCCAGUGGCUCGACGAUAUCACGGACCGUGAUGGAGUCCCACUUGGCGCCGUGUCCGAACUUCAGAAGUUCGGGGGUCCCGACCCGGCCUACUGGGUCCAGCAAGGCUACGCGGUGCUCAAUCCCGAUGCGAGGGGUGCGGACAGCUCCGAGGGGAACACGACCUUCUGGGGCCGUCAGCUAGCAGAGGAUGGAUACGACUUCGUCGAGUGGGCGGCCGAGCAGGACUGGUGCUCGGGCGAGAUUGGCAUGUCGGGGAACUCGUGGCUGGCCAUCUCACAGUGGUUCAUCGCCGCGCAGAAGCCGCCGCACCUGUCGGCUAUCGCCCCUUGGGAGGCUCUGACGGACAUGUACCGUGACUCCAGCAACCGCGGAGGCAUCGCCGUCGCUGCCUUCAACGAGGAGAUUAUCACCACUUUUUCGGGCCCCAAUUACAUCGAAGAUGUGCCCCGCAUGACCCUCAACAAUCAGCUAAUGAACAUCUACUGGGAGGACAAGAUGGCCCAGCUGGACAAUAUCACCCUUCCCGCGUACGUCGUUGCCAGUUACACUAAUGCUUGGCUGCGCGUUCACAACACCUCCGAGUGGUACGAUUACUAUCGAGCCCAGCACAUGGAGGACCUGAACCGCUUCUUCGAUCACUACCUCAAGGACAAGGUCAAUGGUUGGGAGUCCACCCCGCGCAUUCGCCUCGCGAUCCUCGAUCCUGGCCACGGGGAUGAGCUCAACCGCCCAGAGAGCGAGUGGCCCCUGUCGGGGAUGCAGAACACCUGCCUCUAUCUCCAUCCGAAUGGGUCACUCUCCUCCCAAUACCCUACCACUGCUUCACGGGUGACCCAGCUCAUAGGCUACAUGAACCUCCGCCUGUGGGUCCAGGGGCUGGGAUCUGACGAUAUGGAACUGGCCAUCACUGUGCAGAAAACCGAUGCGAGCGGUAAUGUCUACAACAUCAGCAGCGUUGGCGAGACCUCGAGCACCAUCUCUGCCACCGGCUACUUGCGUGUCUCCGCCCGUCAGCUGGACAAGGCCAAGUCGACCCCCGCUGAGCCUUAUUACACCUUUGACCGCGAACAGCUGCUGCUUAAUGACGAAGUUGUCCUCGUCGAGAUCGGCAUCUCGCCCAUGGCCAUGCGCUUUUAUCCUGGCGAGCACCCGCGCCUGACCGUUGCCGCCACCGAAGAAACCUUCGAUCCCGCCCUGAACACCGCCAUCAAAUAA